AACAGCCCCACGAAGCAGCUAGCAGCCUGCUGUCGUCAUCGCCUCCAAAUCCCCCUCCCCCCAACCCAACUGGGCAACUGCUCCAGCCGGCAGCCGCCAUUGUUGCUUGUGGGAGCUCUCCGCCACUGGGCCAUGGACAUGGUCAUGGACAUGGAUAUGGAUAUGGAGACCCUCGCCGACGACACCGACGCCGCGCUCGCCGGCGACAGCGGCGGCGAGGCCGAGCGGUACGAGGCUGCUGAGGCCGAGGCUGAACUCCUCCGCGACCGCCUCCGCCUCGCCGUCAUCAGCAUCGCCACCGCCGAAGGGAAGAAGGCUGGGAUGACGGUCGCCGACCCCGUUGUUGCCUGCAUCGCCGAUUUGGCAUACAAGAGCGCAGAGCAGAUGGCUAAGGAUGCAGAGCUGUUUGCACAGCAUGCCGGUCGCAAGACCAUCAAGAUGGAUGAUGUUAUACUCACAGGAAUGAGCACCUUAUGGGCCUUCUGCGGACCUUCUCUCAAGAACUGAAGGGAAAGGAGCCUGCCAGCAGCGAGAGGAAGCGAAAGAAAUCGUCAAAGAAGGAUGAGAGGCCGAUAGAUGUCUGAUUCCAUGUAACCGUUAUGUUGGCUAAAGGGGAAUGCAGCACAAGCGCUCGAACUAACCACCUGUUCUGCAUUCGACACACUUGGACAUGACUGCAUGUGAUUUCCAGAACUGACUGAUAUUGUACAUACUGUUGUAAUUGUUCAUCCUAUUCAGUUUAUGACACUUUGCCUUCUCAACUAGUCAGCUGAACAAGUGGACAGUAGCACA